AUGAAGCUCGCAAGACCUAUCGCACUGCUUCCGCUCACAUCGUUAGCGCUCACCGAUGUUAACUCUCCCACAAGACCGAUCACGUUGUCAAAAACGGGUGGCUUUCAGAUUGGCGGCAAGACCAUUUCGAGUCCGUUGAAUACUAACCAAACGCUCUCUUGCGACCAUGGUUACAUGGAAUACUUCAUCCCUUGGCGACCUCGGCGUACUAGCGUUGUAAUGUGGCAUUCUUCCUCGACCCAAGUCUGGCAAAACCGGUGGAAUGGCGGCGAGGGCUACAAAGAUAUGUUUCUCCGGCGAGACUACCCGGUCUACCUCUGGGACGGCCCGCGAGUGGGUCGCGCGAACUGGGCGUGCGAGACAACGACGUAUGUGCCGAGCCAUCAGGAUCAAGCGAACUUUGGAGCCUGGAAUUUUGGUCCGAGAUGGCCAGUGUGGUGGGAUGAUGUACAAUUUCCGACGAGGGAUGAGGCUGCGUGGAAACACGCUACGAGUGCAAGAUAUGUCGAAUAUGACACAAAGGCAAAUGUGGAGUUGCAGUCUGACGCGGCGGCUAUUGCAGCAGACUCGGGAAAGAUUGGGACGGACAUUGUGUAUUUGACGAACUCAGCUGGUGGAUUACGGGCUAUGAUGACGGCUACCAAGGCGAACGGGACGAAUAUCAAGGGCAUCGUCACAUACGAGAGUAUCGGUUACGUCUUCCCAGAUAAUGUCAACAUAACCGCAGGCAGAGGCGGAUUUGGGCCAUUCAUUGUGCCACUUGAGCGCUUUAAGAAGUUGGCUAAACUCACAGCGAUACAAUUCGUUUGGGGGGAUCAUCGAUCGGAGAACUUCACGUCUGUCAUCGAGUCGAGACUUGCGGCGAAGUUGAUCAAUCAGUACGGCGGCAAUGCGCAAGUGCUGAAGCUGAGUGAAGAUGCAGGAUUGAAGGGGAGCACACAUAUCCCAUUCGCGGACAUGGACAACGCGAAGGUCGCGGCACUGCUGGAUGAUUUGCUGGAAGACAACGCACUUGACGAGUACAAGGAUGGAGAGGCUUGGAUCUAA